GGCCCUGUAAUGCUGCUGUGGUUCUGCCUUCCUGACAAUGCCCCAGAGUCCUGUAUCAAGCGAGGAGGAGAGGAGGAGCAUCUCCGGAUACCCUGGGGAAGAGUCGGACUCGGACAGCUCCAGAGAGGGCCGGGUCUCUGGAGGGAAGAACAAUCCCACUUCUGCCACCAGCAAUAUAGGUUCUUCUAAUCCUCUUUCAUCAUCAUCAAUAGCUGCCCGUAGAAUAAAGGAGAGAUCCAUGUCUGUCCCUGACGAUUCGAACUUCAGUAUGAUGGUCUUUCGCAUUGGAAUCCCUGACCUGCAUCAAACAAAAUGCCUCCGAUUUAAUCCAGAUGCCACUAUCUGGGUAGCAAAGCAGCAGAUACUGUGCACGCUAAAUGAGAGCCUCAAGGAUGUCCUCAACUACGGCCUCUUCCAACCAGCCACCAAUGGGAGAGAUGCCAAGUUCCUGGAUGAGGAGCGGCUGCUUCGGGAAUACCCACAAUCCUUUGAAAAAGGGGUUCCGUAUUUGGAGGCAAGUAUUGCAAUAUGA